UAAUAUUUUAAAAAAAUUUUUUCUUUUACUCUCUUUUUUGAGAAAAAACUUAAUUAUCCUGAAAAAUUCUUUCUCUUAUUUCUUUUUUCAGUAUAUUUAUCAAUAUCAUUAUUCUCUUUUAACUUCCAUUAUUAUUUUACAAUCAUUUUCAUUUAUUAACUUUAUCUUUUUCCUUGUUACUGUUUAGUGUAUCAAUUUUUCUUUUGUCAUGACAACAUCUGAACAACAACAACCAGUUGAAAAUAACAGUGAUUUUGCUCCACCAUCAACUUUAGAAAGUCGAGCUAGAGCUUUCAGAGAAUUCCGCACUCGUGUGGCUCUCUUUAAUGGUUUAUUAACUACUGACCCAAAAGAACGUGCAAAUGCAUCUGAUAGAAUAACUCAAUUAUUAAAGAAUUUGGCAAAAGAAUCUUAUCCAUCUGAAACAGCUGGAACUGUAAUAUCAGCAUCUGGUGACAGGGAAAAUGUAUCUGGUGUUGACAGUGAAAAUUUUGGUUAUGUAAAUCAAAUGGAAUUUCAACGGAACGGGUUUCCGGAUGGAGCCAGUGAUCAUUCUCGAAGAAAUUCCGCUGAUGAAAAUUCUCCUGAUGAUAUAGAAAAAUCUGAGGAAGAAAGGAAGGAAUAUCUUAGAUUGCUUAUUUUGGCAAUGUUACGUAUGUCUAUCGAUUGUCCCUUCUCCGAUGUUAGAAAUUCUUUUAAUAGAUGUUUAAAGAGACUUAGGCAAAUGAACGUUCCGGUACCAUCACCAAUCAAUCCAUCUCCAUCUUUCUUUAUCGCACCUCAAGACAUAAUAACACUUGAAUGGCCAAUAGAAUAUACGAAUAGUACUCUUACAGAAAGUACUCCUCGUUCUAUAACCCCUUCUGGAUAUUCUACAUCUAGUUCAUCCUCAUCAUCUAAUUCAUCAUCAUUUUCCGAAGAAAUACCACGAGUAAUUCAACAACCAUUAACUCCAGCUACUCCUUUAUAUCCAACAAGUCCUCCUAGUUUACCAAUAGGCAGACAGCCUGAUGAUUUAGUUAGAAAGUUGAUGAUUGAUACUUUUAUUAAAUCAGCAAGAUUAAGCCAUUUUUAUCGAAUUUUGGCUUAUUUUCCUAGUUUUAUGGAAAGAUAUCAAGAAUCUUAUGAUGUUAUUAUAAGAGAUCCUAAUAAUGGGCCUGUACCUCUAAGUUGGAGAUUUUAUAUUGGAAUAAUGGCUGCGUCACAGUUUAAAUGUCAAUAUAUCGUUUCAAUACUCACAAAUGACUUUCUAAUGUAUGGAGGGAAUAUUGAUUGGUUACAAGGUCUUCAUCGUGUACCAGCAAAAAUCCGUAAUUUGGCUACACUAAAUACUAUAUUAGCAAAUCAACCAUGGCGUCUUGGACCAUCACAUAUUGGCGCAUUGGUUAAACGUUCACAAAACCCACAGGAACAAUGGUCGAUUGCUGAGAUUGUUCAUGUUAUUUUGAUAAUGAGCACUUUUCAUAGUUUAAGCAGUUAUGUAUUGGGAUGUGGAAUUGUCCCAGAAUAUGAUAGUGCCGGAGGUAAUUGUCCUUUUACUCCUAAUUCCCCUAUUGAAGAAUCUGGGAGUUCUAUUGGAGUUUUGAAUUCGGAAAAUAUUCCUGCGGAAGUUUUAUCUGGAUUAGGCGUUACAUUAGAAGAACAGCCUGAAGAAUCUGAUACUGUAAGCACUACUACGGAAUCAGUUAUAGCUUCAGACCCUAUUCCCAUUCCAAGCCAUACAAUUCGGGAACGCAAUGAUUUAGAAAUUAAUCAUACAAGUCAAUUAAUUAGACGAUUAAAUUUACGUAAUAGAGAGGAAAGAGAGGAAAGAGAACAAAUUAAUUAUGGAUCAGUAUCUAGUGAUGGUUCUUAUUCUUUUCCAAGAGUUCCUGGAUUUGACAAUGUUGAUGAGGAGACAUUUACGGACGAAACAGAUGUAGCAACAUACUCAUUUCCUCAAGAAUUUUUCUCAAACGCGAGUACUCCUCGUACUUUAUCAUUUAAUCCACCGCCCGCAGAAGAUUUUUCAAAGUUUCUUGAUCCAGAUGUAGAGAUGCAUUAUACAGACUUUUCUGUUAAUAGUUCUGAAUAUAGCGUAUUUAAAUUACAAGAUUAUUGUUGGGAAGAUCAGGGAGUAAUAAUGGUAAACAACUAUUUGCCGGAUAUAGGCGAAGUAUUAGAUCGAGAAUUUUCAGAAAUUCGAGAUUUUACUGAUUACAGUUUAUUCCAUUCAUACCGAUCUGAUUUGGAUACAACUCCACUUCGACAAGCAAUUUGGUACUAUGUCCAGCGAUUAUUCGGAUUAUACAAGGAUGAUUAUGAAUAUCGCGACAUUAAUACAUUUCUUAAUAAAAAGAUUAAAGCUUUUCUCAAGAAGGUUUGCUGCACACCUGAAGAGAUUAGAUAUAACGAUUGGAGGGGUGUAGGAUUUCGUUUACGCGAAGAAGAAAAAUGUCAUGUAAAUUUGAUUGCUGUCGAAGCACGUAAACAAGCAGAACUAGUUUAUGGAUUAUCAUGUGUUAUGAAAUGGGAAAAAGGGAAAGAAUGAUAUGGAUGGGGUCAUUGAUUCAUCCCAUCUGUUAAUGAAUGGAUAAAAUUCAGAAAUAGAAAAAAAAAACGUAACAUUUUUUUAGAUCUGUGGAUAUUUUUUUAGAUAGAAAAAAAAAACUAUUGAAAUUUAAAAUAAAA